ACCUAAUGAUUUUGUUUUUAUUAGCCCAAACAUGAUCCCCUCACCAUCUUCUGUGACCUCAUGGGUGUGGAGUAUGAAGAGAUGGCUCACUGGCUUUGCCAUAGGAAGCUUGCAACUGCCACUGAAACCUACAUCAAGCCAGUUUCUAAACUCCAUGCCAUCAAUGCCAGAGAUGCACUUGCCAAACAUAUAUAUGCUAAUCUCUUUAACUGGAUUGUAGAUCAUGUGAACAAAGCCCUUCAUUCUACUGUAAAGCAACAUUCUUUCAUUGGAGUGUUGGACAUUUAUGGAUUUGAGACGUUUGAAAUCAACAGCUUUGAACAGUUCUGUAUCAACUAUGCCAAUGAAAAACUACAGCAGCAGUUCAAUAUGCAUGUGUUUAAGCUGGAACAAGAAGAAUACAUGAAAGAACAAAUACCAUGGACCUUGAUUGAUUUCUAUGACAAUCAGCCUUGCAUCAACCUCAUAGAAGCCAAAAUGGGAGUUCUGGAUCUGUUAGACGAGGAAUGCAAGAUGCCAAAAGGCUCGGAUGACACUUGGGCCCAAAAACUGUACAAUACUCAUUUGAAUAAAUGCACCCUCUUUGAAAAACCACGUUUAUCCAAUAAGGCUUUUAUCAUCAAACACUUUGCUGACAAGGUGGAAUAUCAGUGUGAAGGCUUUCUGGAAAAGAAUAAGGACACGGUUUAUGAAGAACAAAUUAAGGUCCUAAAAUCAAGUAAGAAGUUUAAGCUCCUGCCAGAGUUAUUCCAGGAUGAAGAGAAGGUCAUCAGUCCCACGUCAGCCACCUCUUCAGGCCGUGUGCUGUUGUCUCGAACUCCUGUAAAACCAGCCAAGGCCAAGCCAGGUCAAACUAGCAAGGAGCAUAAGAAAACUGUGGGACAUCAGUUUCGAAACUCUCUUCAUCUGCUGAUGGAAACCCUGAACGCUACGACUCCACACUAUGUGCGCUGUAUUAAGCCUAACGACUUCAAGUUUCCAUUCACAUUUGACGAAAAGCGAGCAGUGCAGCAGCUGAGAGCUUGCGGUGUCCUGGAGACCAUCCGAAUCAGUGCAGCUGGUUUUCCCUCCAGGUGGACAUACCAAGAGUUCUUCAGCCGUUACCGUGUUCUGAUGAAGCAGAAAGAUGUCCUGAGUGACCGAAAGCAGACAUGUAAAAAUGUCCUGGAGAAGCUGAUUCUGGUACUAGAUGUAGUCCUUAAAGCUUUUGGAAUCUGAAGGAAUAAAGAUAGGUCUCCUUGC